UUCCUUGCCAUUACAACAUUUUAAUUCCCUUCCAUCUUCUUUCUCUCUCCUACUCUGCCAACCUGCAUUCCCCCACACAAAAUAUUUGUCACUCUUCCCAACUCCAAAAAUUCAGAAAUACUCGACCAUUUUUGCUUUUAAACUCAACAAUGGAGGUUUGCCUUAGUUCCAGCUCAAGAUCAAUCACUAAAUUUGGCAAUUUUAUUAUUCUGAUCGCUUUCUUGAUCUCUCUAAUAUGCUUUAAAUCUAUAGAUGCUUAUGAUGCACUCGAUCCAAAUGGAAAUAUUACCAUCAAGUGGGAUAUCAUAUCUUGGACUCCAGAUGGAUAUAAUGCUGUUGUUACAAUAUAUAACUUCCAAAAGUAUCGUCAUAUUCAAGCACCAGGAUGGCAACUCGGUUGGACAUGGGCCAAAAAAGAGGUAAUUUGGAGUGCAACGGGAAGUCAAGCCACAGAGCAAGGAGACUGUUCAAAAUUCAAGGGAAAUAUUCCUCAUUGCUGCAAAAGGGACCCAACCAUUGUUGAUUUGCUGCCAGGAACUCCGUAUAACCAGCAAACUGCAAAUUGUUGCAAAGGUGGAGUAAUUAGCUCAUGGGUUCAAGAUCCACAGAAAGCUGUGAGCUCAUUCCAGCUCGGUGUUGGUCAAGCAGGAACAAGCAACAAGACAGUGAGGUUGCCGAAAAACUUUACCCUCAAGGCACCAGGACCCGGAUAUACUUGUGGACCUGCGAAGAAGGGGAAACCAAGCAAGUUUCCAACACCAGAUGGAAGAAGGGUCACUCAAGCUUUGAUGACUUGGAAUGUUACUUGCACGUAUUCACAGUUCCUAGCUCAGAAGACACCUACCUGUUGUGUCUCACUCUCCUCCUUCUACAAUGACACCAUUGUGAACUGCCCAACAUGCGCCUGUGGUUGCAAAAAUAACAUAACACAACCUGGAACAUGUGUAGAACCGGACUCUCCAUAUUUAGCUUCAGCACUUGUAAGCUCAGGGAAAAAUGAUUACAAUCCUCUGGUUCGAUGUACUGAGCAUAUGUGUCCAAUUCGAGUUCAUUGGCAUAUUAAGACCAACUAUAAAGAAUAUUGGAGGGUAAAACUCACCAUACAAAAUUUUAACUACAGAAUGAACUAUUCCCAGUGGAAUCUUGUUGUUCAGCACCCCAACUUUGACAAUCUCACCCAGAUAUUCAGCUUUAAUUAUGAGCCACUGGUCUCGUAUGGUUCCAUUAAUGAUACUGCUAUGUUUUGGGGAAUCAAAUUUUACAAUGAUUUGCUAAUGCAGGGUGGACCUUUUGGAAAUGUGCAAUCAGAGAUCAUAUUUCAGAAGGAUAAAUCGAGGUUCACCUUUGAAAAGGGAUGGGCUUUCCCUCGAAGGGUUUACUUUAAUGGGGACAACUGUGUUAUGCCACCUCCGGAUGCCUAUCCUUACCUACCAAAUGCUAGUGCCCAUAGUGCCCUCGCUCUACUUCACUCUCUGACAGCAGUUUUGGUGUCUCUGAUUCUACUAUAUUCACACACCUUGUAAUAUUGUAAGAAAGAAAUAGAACUAAGGAUUGUCAUUGCUUCCAAAAGAGAGAAUUUUCUACCCUUGUUUAUAUCAACCUGGAUGCCUUCAGUAAAUUUAAAGGCAUCAUUUUUGCAACUUCAGUCCAAGGUUCCCAAAUGUGAAGGUGUACUUGUGAUUUUGUAGAUGUAACUAUUGGCUUGCUGUGUUCCAGUUCAAUUGCAUUGAGAUUUAACAGAUGAAUUGUAUAUCUUUGAGAAUUGUAACCCUUUAUGAUAA